AUGGAGUCCACGCUGGCCAUUACCGUGAAGUUCCUAACGUUCUCGGACAUCGUCCGGGUGAACGUCCACUUCAGCACCACCGAAGACCACGCAGCCGUCGAAUCGCAGCUGUCCGAAAUAUCGGGCGUCAAAGUCAUGUCACUCACCAACGACGUGAUCAACACGUUCAUGGACGGACAGUGGCGCACCGAGAGAAUGUUGACCGUGUACGGGGUGAACAACACGGACGGUUCGGUGGUGCCGGCGUCGGAAUUGGAAAGAAAUAUAGGACAGAACGUCAAAAUUUUGGGCAUUACUCAAUUAUUCAAUAUGAGUGCCAUUAGUGAAACGAGCACCUUGAUGUCCUUAGUGUAUGCCGCGAUGUUUUUCCUGAUGCUUUCAAUGGUAGCUGUGGGUCUGUUAUAUUUUGGAUACGUCAAGAACGGACGUUACUUGUCGUGUAUUUCGAGUCCGUCUACGACGCCGCUGAAAGACGAUAUCGAAAACAUGAGUCAGAGUAACUGGAUUACUACUUUCAACAGAACCAACCUGACGUCCAAUAGAGUGCGAUUCCCAGGCAGAAAUAUCAACUCCGAGGCGGUGCCAUGUAGAUCCAAAAUCGCGGACAACGCGACCGUGGUCGUGGAGAACAGCCUGUACGAGGCCAUACCGCCAAAAGGAGCCUGCACCGCAGCCGUCCUGGCCGUGAAUAAUAAUUCCUCGAUUAUUAAACUUGAUUCUAAGGUAUCCUUCGAAGACGACCUGAUAAAAUUAGAAAAAAUGGAUGAAUCGUUUUCGCCCACGGACGAAAUGUCUUUUAACUAUUGA